AUGGUUGACCUUCUGCAAGCUUCGCCCAUGUCCACACAUGACCUCUGGAGCUCACCCAGAAUGACCAUCAGGUACUUGGUCACUUCUCUUACCUUGACCCUUCGCCACUGCUUGCUCAGUUUGCUGGUAAUCAGCUCUAAUCCUCCUACAGCAUCAGUGAUCCAGAAACACUCGCCUUCUCCAGAGGUGGUGUGUCACACUACAGGUUUCUUCCCCAAAGAGGUGAUGAUCUCCUGGAGGAAGGGCGGAGAGGACGUGAACGAGGACGUGGAGCUCAGAGAGACGUUACCCAACCAGGAUGGAAGCUUCCAGAAGAGAAGCAUUCUGAAAGUCCCAGCUGAGGAUCUGCAGAAACACACCUACACCUGCGUGAUUCAGCACAGCAGCUUGAAGGAGGAGUUAGUGCUAGAAGUACCAAAAGGUCCUGAUCAACUCCACAUACAGUAUAAACAAUAAAUCUGAUUUCCUGAUGCAGCAGAUAAUAAAGACUCUGUGCUGAUUUAACAGGUG